AUGCGUCAUUACUGUGCCUACUUGCUGCGCAGGUUCGACGGUCGCCCGCAUGCAGCGUUCGGCGAAGAAUGGGAUGUCGGAGUGCCACGACGCUCGUGUCCCUCCACCCCAAAGCGAGGGAACGAUCGUCUUGUGGACGAGGGGCGCGAGUGGUUUGGACCGUGCACCAGAGGCAUUAGGCUCGUGAUUUCGCAGGAUGACAUGGAGUCGGUUUCGUCUUUGUUCGGGCAAAUUUCGGCUCUUAGACGGGGUGGCCUGUCUCCGAAAGAUGAUGCGAAGAAAUUGGACGCACACGUACGGGUGGUCAUGCGCAUGAUGAAGGAGCGGUUGGCCUCGCUGACGGAGGGCCCCCUGCAAGAUGCUGAAGUUGUAAUGGCGAAGUAUGGCCUAUACAGCAUCUGCUUUCAGGAGCUAAUUUCGAUCACUCGCGGGACGAAUCCUGACCUCAGCUGUGCCUUGGGGAGCCUCCGCGACGCGCACGACAGCCUUCUGCAAGACGUGCCGGGGAUAGUCCAACGGACGCUAGACGAGAACCAACAGGGUGUCUCUUCUACGUGCGUUACACGUUCACUGCAGGAGAUUUCCUCUUUACGGGACAGUAAGGAACGUGAGGCCAGAGAAGCCGAAGAACUCGUUCAGCGGUUUAACGGUGUGUAUCACAAGCUCUGGCUUCCACCUGAGGACGAAAACGCCGCUCUGAAGACCACGCACGACGCUGGGCACUCCUCACUCCAAUCAAGGCCCCGGACACCUCUCCACAAACCGAUACCGGACGGGUUCACCUGUUCUACCACUACAACAACGAGGGAAAAACAUCACGCCCUUCCAUCUGCAUCGACUACUCGAUACCAAGGAGGAGAAGGGGGGGGGAGGGGUAUAACACCCGAGGACGGAGUGACGCCCGACCCGUUCCUAGAACAUGGUCGAACAGUCGGGUUUCGCUGGGACCAAGGAGGGGAUGGUGAGGCUACGGACGGAAAGGCAGCGUCAACCCUGGCAGAGGCGGUGGCGAUCAACGGCACGCGGGAGCUCUCUCUCAAACAGCUUCACGACUUCAUCGCUUCAGUGUACGCCUCCAAGGAGAAGUACGACCUUCGUUGCACCGCCCAACGGUUGCCGAGCCAAACCUUGGCCAGACACCUUGACGACUUCCUGGUGCACAGAUACGGGUUGACUUCGAUGGCGAGAGCUCAAGCGGCAGCGUUGCGACUAGGAGUCCAGAGAUAUAGAGACGCCGACAACACGGUCAAGGUGUUCGAGAUGACUCUCCGAAACGAGGUUGAUGAGGGCUUCCGGGUCGAGCAGCGGAAGCUCGAAAGGACCAUCUUGGACCUCCUUCGCGUCAGGAUUCGAGAGAGGACAGAACGCCACGACAACAUCCACAAUUAUCAUGACCGUUACAGCUACCGCCGUUUGGGCGGUACUAGCAUCAGCAAAGUCGCGGCAGGAAACAGCGGCAGCGGCCCUAGCAGUAGCGGAAAUCAUCGGCAAGGAGGUGGGGGUGCUCAUUCGUAUUCCGGCGCUGGGGCUGCGUCCACCGUCACCACGGAGUCUCUUCUCCGUAGUCAGACUCGUCCGGGCGCGCUACUCGCUGCGGCAGACUGGCAGGCGGUGGUCCAGCACGUGCACAAGGCAGCAGAUGCGCAAACGGUUAUAUUUCUGAUCAAGGAGGCCAUUUCGACGCGGGGCAGUCGCAGAGAUGGAGUCAACGGCAAGUCGAACUCGGGCAAAGGGGGAAGCGCAGCGGGAAUGGGACAAGAGGCGGUGCCGUUCGGUGUUUUUCUGCAGGUUCUUCUCGGAUACCAGCUGCAUGGGUAUCUACGGCGUUUAAAAUUCUUCAGGGAGGAGUUUCGAGAGGUCGACGUCAAUGCUGAUGGUGUCCUUAACCCCGCCCAGUUUCUGGCCCUCGCUAAGCGCAUGCUGCGGCGGACACAGAGAAUGACGACACCCUCACGACAGGAAACAGCGCAGAGACACUCCACGAAUUGUUCUCCAACGACGCCGGGAACUAAUGGUCGACAUCGCCAAGCUGGGUCGGCGCCAAAGGCGAACCUGAGUUGUGCAGAGAAGAUAGCAGCAACCCAACUGCGGGCCGCCGAUCCCCACGGCUUUGGAGUAAUCACUUUUUCUCAGUGUGUUUUGCAUCUGGCAAGCAGCGUUGGAUAAAUACGUACCCAUGUCCAUGCGGAUUGGAUAUCCACAUUUCUCACUACCUUGCAUCUGGCAAGCAAUGCUGGCCAAAUUCAAACCAUGUGUGCGCGCAAAUAAGGAGAGAGGUGUGCGGGAAAGUGAAGCCGCGGAAAAUGUGAAUGACAGCCAUGAUCUGCAUCAAUUUACCAAGAGUAAAUAAAUCUGGGCCAUGUGUUGUACUCCCGAUCAUCACGACACAAUGUCGCCAAGAAAAGAAAUGCGUUUUAUGUAUGACGUGUGUAACCUCGUUGUUGAAACUGAUAUUGUUGUUUUGUAGUGGUGGUGGUGGUUUUUGGUGAUGUUUGCCACAAAACAAACGUCCUCACUGUGGAGGUGCACCUCCAUAAAGGUUGAAACUCCCCAACGUCUGUCGAGGACGAAACCCUCUUUUCCACAACGAAUGGCGUCGACGAAGAGAUGUCAGCGUGCCUGCUUUUGGUUGCAAAAGACACGGGUGGGUUCAAAACCCGCUGCUCACCAAAUUUUCUUCCGGGGUACGGAAAAAAGAAAAACGGUGGGUGGGCCAAGAAACGAUGCACUGUCUAUCGAACUCGAAACUUCCGGCAAUGCGUGGCGGAAGUGGCGCACCGGCACACACGCACAGAAGAUUGUUGGAAAAAAAGGUGGUUCUACUCGCCGCCAGCCGGUCGGGUUCCGGUUACCCCAAGAAGACUUCUCUUGCCUGGUAAAUAAGAAGAAGCCUCG